AUGCAUCCUUACCAGGUUUUAUCGGCGGCUGUUUUAUCAUUUUUUAGAGAAGGAAGGACCAAUAUCGACCUUGUUCAUGACAAUGCCCAAAAAGAAUUAUACAAGGAGACAGAAGUAAUUCGUGGUGUACAGGCACUUCUGCAGAAGACCUUGGAGCAAGCUAAGGAACAAUUAAGAUUGAAUCGAAAAGCUACCUAUAAACUGAAAAAUGAUGCCUCCGACAAGUUACAAGCGCAGAACAUCGACGAAUACGCCUUGAGUCUCAAGAGUACAGACGAAUCGCUUCCUGGGUUGCGCGAUUCAUUGGGUGUCGAUCCUCAAUCUGUUAAUACCGAGGAAUGGCAGAACUUCUCAGUUGAUAACAUUGAAUUAGGAGACAGAGUUCUACAGAAUUCACAGGACCUGCGUAGUCUGAUCGACGGCAUCCUACAGCAAGUAGCAUCAGAUCAAAGGCGUCAGAUUGAAGCCACGAAUCUUGCUUUACAAAAGCGCAUAGAAGAGACCAGGAGCGCCAAGGGUAAACUGGAGGAACACCUAGCCGAAGUUCUCAAGGAAAUUUCCAAAAUGGAAGAUAUGAUUGUUGAAAUAAACAAGGCAAUCCAAGACAAAGAAGGUGCACUUCGCUUGGCAGGAACACGGAUUGAUCUCAGAAAGCAACGCCCAAAUAUUGAGCUAUGCAGAGACGCUGCAGAAUAUAAAUUACUGCAGGAGGUUGAUGAAAUCACGCGAGAUGUAGACGCGUUACAGCAAAGAUUGAAAAUGUCCCAUGAGUCUCUCAAAGGUUUGUGCAGACGACAAUUGGAGCUAGAAGAGGAGAUCCAAAUCAAAGCCGCCACCCUGUUCAUAGAUGAGGUUCAAUGCAAGGGAAUCCGAGAAACUCUCAAGAUUGCUGCAUUUUGA